AUGCUGCGACGCCCGCCUCGUGAAGGGAGGCGCGGCGCCAACCAGCGGACCUACCUGCUUGCUCUAGCAGUCCUCGUCAUCUCCUGCAUCCCACUCGCCGAUGCCCAACAACAACCCAUCGACGCCCUCCCGAGGGUCCAACAGCCUGCCCCCGGGAGCAGCCAACAUGAGGGCAUACACGACAUAAACCCCGAAGCAGCCCGCAACUGGGCUGCCACUCUUGAGGCCGACAAUGCUGCCGUGUCUCAACGACGCAAGAAGACCGUCACGUCUUCCAAAGAACAACUCAACAACCGUCGGAACACCCCCGAAUCUAUAAUUAUUCCUAACGAUGCGAGCGCCGUCGCAACUUUGGCUCCGGCUCAGUCCGUGAGAGCACCAUCUCCUUCUGGACAUCGACCCAUUGUGUCCCGUGUUGCCGGGGCCAACGGGAUCUCUACGCAGCACCAUGCGCGGAGUCUGAAGGACUGGGAAGUAGAAGACUUUGUCCUCUUGGCGACCGUCGACGGACACCUAUAUGCCAGCGACCGCUUUACCGCCCGCGAGCGUUGGCAUCUCGAGGUCGACCAGUCCAUGGUGGAAACAAAACACUUCCGCCUCAACGCGUCCGAACUCGACGACGACUACAACUUCAUCGACCACUACGUCUGGGCCAUUGAGCCAAACCGCGACGGAGAUAUCUACUACUGGGUCCCCGGUGCCAGCGAGCCCAGGCUGUUGUCCACCGGCUUGACCAUGAAGCAGAUGGUCGACGAGGGCGCGUCUGCCCUCGACAACCCGCCCAUCGUCUACACCGGCACAAAGAAGACGACAAUGAUAACCCUCGACGCCGCCACCGGCAGAGUACUGAAGUGGUUCGGAUCUGGCGGCUCGCACGUCAACGAGGCCGAGAGCUGCCUGCGCCCCAACGCGUUGUACGACCAAAACAACGAGGAGUGCAGCUCCACAGGCACAAUCACGCUCGGCCGCACCGAGUACGAGGUCGGCAUCGCUCGGAAAGACGGCCGACAGAUUGCGUCUCUGAAAUACUUCGACUGGACCCCCAACACCAACGACUGGGACCUGUUGAAUCAAUACCAUCAGUCUAUCGACAAUCGUUAUCAUACCACUAGACACGAUGGCCGAGUUUACGGCCUCGACUAUAGCCGAGACAACUUUGAACACGACCGACCCGAGGAGGGAUUGUUCUGCAGCGAAAAAUUCCCCGCCCCAGUGGUCAAGGUCUUCGAUGUCUGUCGGCCGUGGGGAGUGCUUCCCGAGAGCAACCCCGACCUGAUCGUCCUCCCACAGCCCGUUCCACCGGCUAAAGACGAGUCCAUCGCUCGCGUCAGAAACCAACGAAUUUUUGUAAACCAGACCGAAACAGGAAACUGGUAUGCCCUUUCAGGUCGUUCAUAUCCUCUGAUGGUGCUUGCUCCCACGGCCAAGACUUCGGAGCCCGACUGGCUCCAGCUCGGCCACCCAUGGGAGAAGAUGAACGAGACCCAGCGAAUCAGGGCCAUGAUUGGAACCCACAACAUGGAUGCCGUCCACAAAGGCAAGAUCUACCAAACCCCUAGUCUGCCAGGUCGGCAGGAUGUCAUCGACGUGGACCCCGAGAACGACUCGGUGCUGCCUGUGCCCACGCCUCAGCCAGACGAAGAGUAUGAGCCUGUCGAAACGACGAUCGUGAACAAGGUCAAGCAAAUCCCGCAGCAGGUGUCAAACAGCUUCAUCGACUUCUUCUCCAACCCCAUCUUCAUCCUUCUCGUCGCCUCUCUCUUAUUCCUCUACCAGAAAGACCUGCGUCGCUGGUACAAGGCCAAGACAACGAAAUGGUACAAGUGGGAGGAGACCACAGACACCGAGGACAACGGCGACACCGUGACGCCAGAGCCCACGGUUCAUGACCAGGUCGUGCCGCCCGCGACUGCGGAGAACAUCCCCAAAAUCGAGGAGCCUGCCCCUGAACCUAAGGUUGAAGAGGCCCCUGUUGACAAGGCCGAGGCCGAGGCACCCGCCGCGGCCCGUGAGGCACCACCCCCACAACCUGACAGGUCGGGGGCGUCGACCCCCAAGCCAGCCGCCGCCCCCAGCGACCAAUCGUUGACACCGCCAGAGCCUGGAACCCCUGAAGUUAAGAAGAAGAAGCCGGCUCACCGCGGACGACGCGGUGGCACUAAGCACCGCAAGGGCAAAAAGCGGGAAGAGGCAUCACAGUCCCGCGAUGACGACCCACCACAGUCUGUGGAAGACGCCGUCAACAAGGCCAAGAAGCUGGGAGGUCAGGUGACCCAAUUGGAGCCCGAUGUUGUCACAGUCACGAACGACAUGCAAGCGGUUUCCGGCCCGAUCAUUCGUAUGGGAAAUAUCGAGGUCGACACCGACAAUCAGCUCGGCACUGGCAGCAACGGCACUCUUGUUUUCGCUGGCAAGUUUGACGGACGUGAGGUUGCUGUGAAGCGCAUGUUGAUUCAGUUCUACGAUAUCGCUUCCCAGGAAACCAGGCUGCUGAGGGAAAGUGACGACCAUCCCAAUGUCAUUCGUUACUACGCUCAGCAAGUCAGAGACGGUUUCUUGUACAUUGCCCUUGAGCGAUGCGCUGCAUCCCUCGCUGAUGUCGUCGAGCAGCCCCAUCACUUUGGAAAGCUGGCACAAGCAGGCAAGGCCGACAUUCCCGGUGUUUUGUACCAAAUCACGAACGGAAUCAACCACUUGCACCAGCUUCGCAUCGUUCACCGCGACCUGAAGCCCCAGAACAUUUUGGUCAACGUCGACAAGCACGGCAAGCCCCGCCUUCUGGUUUCCGACUUUGGUCUGUGCAAGAAGUUGGAAGGUGGCCAGUCGUCGUUUGGCGCAACGACCGGUCGCGCUGCUGGUACCUCUGGUUGGCGAGCCCCGGAAUUGUUGCUGGAUGACGAUGCGAACCACACCGCCAUGGUUGACAGCAUCAACAGUGGCUCCGGCUCGAUUCUCGUUGGCUCCGACAUGGUUUCUGGACGCCGUGCCACCCGCUCCAUCGACAUCUUCAGCCUGGGCUUGGUCUUCUUCUACGUCCUGACCAACGGUCUGCAUCCCUUUGACUGUGGCGACCGCUACAUGAGAGAGGUCAAUAUUCGCAAAGGCAACUUCAACCUCUCGCCGUUGGAUUCGCUCGGUGAUGUUGCUCCUGAAGCCAAGCAUCUCAUAGGCUGGAUGUUGAAUGCUGAGCCCAAAGAGCGGCCAACGGCGCGCGAAGUCUUGGCUCACCCCUUCUUCUGGCCCGCCAAAAAACGUCUCGCAUUCCUCUGCGAUGUGUCCGACUCUUUCGAGAAGGAGCCCAGAGACCCCCCAAGCGGGCCGUUGCAGAAGAUGGAGGAAUAUGCGCCAGAAAUCACCAAGGGUGAUUUCCUCCGCCAGUUACCGCGUGAGUUUGUCGACUCUCUGGGCAAGCAACGUAAAUACACGGGUUCGAAGAUGCUUGAUCUGUUGCGCGCCCUGCGCAACAAGAAGAACCACUACGAGGACAUGUCGGAUUCGUUGAAAAAGGCUGUUGGCCCAUUGCCGGAUGGGUAUCUGUCGUUCUGGGGCGUACGGUUUCCUCGACUGCUUAUUGACUGUUGGGAGCUUAUCUGGACCGUUGAAUGGGACCAAUCUGAUAGGUUUAAGGAGUAUUAUGAGCCACAGGGUCUCUAA